GACGUUCCGUUACACACAAUUAUAUUUUAAACAAAAUAUUUGUUGAAAUUACAUAAAAACAAAUAAUAUAAUAUAUAUGUGCUACGCAUGCGCUUAUAUAAAGGAGUGUAAAAUUCGAGAAGUUGCCAUGAGCUGGCCACGCUUUAAAACGAACAAGUUGUGCGUCGAUUUCAACUGCAAGGAAACGUUCCGCUUGAGCGCCCGCAGGCUCACCUGACGCACCUCCUCCCGCUCCCGCUCCCGCUUUGUUGGUCAACAAAGUGGUUGGUUGCUUACAACAACGCUGCAAGUGCAACGAAUAUUUAUUUACCAAAUGGUGGCCGUGCCGGCAACAUCAAUUUACAAAAAGCAUAAUAUAAAAACCAAAAAAAGGAAAAAAAAAGCAAGAAAUGUACAAAGUUGAAUACGAAAAUUGUGAUUGUGAUUGUGAUUGAAGCAAAAGAAGAAAAAAGUAGCGGUACAUUUUCCGUUAGCUGCAUAACAGUAAACGAAUGCUCAAAACUGAUGCACACCAAAUUGCCAGUGUUCCAAAAUCGAAACGAAACAAAAUGAAAGUAAAACAAAAGCCAACUGCUGCUGCGUCCGUCACCGCAGCCGCCGGCGUCGCAGUCCCUGGUAAACAGCGAAGCAAAGUGGAAGAAACAACAGCAAGGCCGCGUCUGGCGACGGCGGGGACACAAUGCGAACGCGAGCGUAAGCACGAAGCAGCGCGCAAAGAGAGAGAAGCGCAGGCGCAACUCAAACGCACAGCGACGUCAACGUCGACAGUGACGCAGGCAGCGCGGACUAGAACAAAGCCAAUGCGGCGCAGCGCAAGUGCAAGUAAAGCGACAGUGCGAGAGAGACAGACAACUGCUAAGAGCGCUGCUGCUGCUGGCAGCGCUGCAUCGAAUGAAGAGGAAGCAGCGCAGCUGCGACUGCAGCUGGAGCAUUUGGCGCAGCUGUCGCAGCGGGACUUUGAGCGCGAGUUCCGCAAGUGGAUGGCGCAAGAGGGGAUCGAGGGCAAGGUGCAGGCGCAGGUGCGCAUGGACUUGAUCAACAGCUUUAACAGCACAUCGCUGGGUAAACUGCUGCGCAAGGCAUCGGCAUCCGCUUGUGGCAUGCCACGCACACCCUUCGAAUUCAAAUCUCAGGAGCAGCCGACGGUGGACUGCGUGCCCAUGACGCUGGCGCUGCACACACUUGUGGCCGAGUUUCUCUACGCGCACAACUGCCACUACACGCUGUCCGUCUACUGCAGCGAGCUGCCGCCGCGUCACACGCUGCCCGACUUUGAGAGUCGCACAGCGUUUCGCUUCAAGCCCGAGGAACUGCAGCAGCUGCUCGUUGACACGCUUGGCGGAGGCGAGCAGCAUGAACAGCUGUGCCAAACGCUGCUGCGUCUCUACGACGAACAACAAAUCUCGCUGCUGCGCGCCUGCUUCCAGGUGCUUGUCGAGGCACAGCAGCGUGCUGUGAACUCGACGUUCACCAGCAGCCCGCUGGAGCAGCGCACGACGAUGACACAAACGCUGCCCACAGCUUGCCUCCCCACGCAGCCGAAUGUGGACACCAGCAAACUAUUCCCAGCCGGCGAACUUGUGAUUGCUGACAGCGAUGCGAGAAGCGUGUUCAUUGGUGCACGCGUCUCGCAAUCACUGCUGGGCGUGGAGCAGCAGCUGGGGCAGCUGAUGCACAACAUGGACAAGUUGUGGAAAUCGUGUGCGCCGCCUGUGGAGAUCAUUUCGCAGUCGGCAUUCGAGCAGUUGGUGCAGCGGGAGUUGCUUGAGCGCCAGCGGCUGCACAGCGUCGGGCAAACUUUGGAGCCUGGACAGACGGCGCUGCAAUUGCCGCAGUCGCAGUCGCAGCUGCAGCCACAACAGCAGCAGUCGAAGGAGCUUGUCGAUGCUGGGAAUACGGUGCAGUCGCCAGCUGGUCCCAUUCAGCUGCCUGCGGAGGCGGCAUCUGUGCCCAAGUUGCCGCAGCUGCAUAGCGAGCAGCUCGCCAGUCUGGCCAUGGUGCAACAGGCUCUGCAACAGUUGCAGCAACAAUUGCAACAACCACAGCAAAGCAUGCAGCUAACGCUGGACAGGAUGGAGACGUUGGUGGGCGAACUCGCCGGCUGCAUACAGACGCUGAGCAAUGUGCUCAAUCUGGCCAUGGAACAGGAGUAUGCUGUAGGCAGGCACAAAGGCUUCAAGCUCGGCUAUCGCGAGGGCUUUGCGCACGGGCACUUCAUGGGCAUACAGGAAGGCAUGCAAUCCGCCGAGCAGCAGCAACAGCAGCAGCAGAAAGUGGAGCAACCUAAGCCACCAUCACCAUCGCCACCGCCACGUCCGCAGCUUAAGGAUUCAUCGAGUCAAACGCCGCAGCCGCCAACGCCAGUGAAAGUCUCUAAACGUUCGGUGGCCAGUCAAACCCCACACAAGCGACAGCGACACCGGACCACAAGCAUGGAGCGGCAUCUGGAGGCGUUGCAACGUCAUGUUGCCAGCCAGACUGCUGCUGGUUGUCACGAGGGUCGCAGCUACGAGCAAUGGAUCUAUGAGAUGCUGCACAGCAGCAGCGGUCAGAUAUUUCUGGAGCGCGUCGAACUUUCGCUGAACAAGGCGCUGGAGCUGCAGAAGAAGCGACUCGAUGAGCUCUUCAAUGUGAAGCUGCGUCAUCAUGCCGAGAUGAUGCGUCUCAACAGCAGGCAAAGUUCCUGGCGCACACUGUGUCGCCAUGUGGAACGCGAUUCGCAGUCGAUGGAGGCACGCGAUCUGGUGCACAAGAUCUUUCGCCUCUUAGAACACUAUGAUCAUCAUCAUCAGCUGCUCGCCGAAAAGAUUCAGCAAACGGAAAAGGCCGCCGAGCAGGCAGCACGCAUUGAGCCGGUCUGGAAGGAUGCCAGCGCCCGGGUAACCGCAUGCAAUGUGACGCCCGCCUCCACGGCAACCAAAUCGACUCCAACGGUAGCAGAAGCAGCUUCGCUGGCCACAGCUGCCUCAAUGCCGAAGUCACUACAGGCCGCUUUCGUUGCAAGUUCACUGCCGCCCACGUCGAGUCAUCAAUUUGCCGCCAUUCCGGAUGCUUUUCACACUACGCUGCCAGCUGUUGAGCCAACUACAUUUCCCGCUGCCGCAGAGGCUGCUUCAAAUGGUGUAUCUGCAUUUCCGGCUGCUGCAGAGUCUGCUCCAAAUGUUGGCCCCGCAUCUCUGCCGAGUCUCGUUGCCAGCACUCUUCCAGGAAUUGCGCCCGCUCCGCUGCCAAGUGUUCUACCAGCUGUUCUCCCAGGUCCUCUGGCGAGUCAUCUCCAGGCCUUUCCAGCUGCCUCAGCGCCCGCUCCUGCGAUGACAAUGCCCACAUUAUUCACACAUUUUCUGCUGCCUUUUGCUGCGCCAGCGACUGAGCCAGCGGCCACAGCGCCAACAGCUGCUGCUGCCGCCAGCGAAUCUUCUGGACGUCCGCUGAUGCACAAUGUGUCCACAAAUACGCAGCGUGCCACCAAGGAGCGACCGCAGCCGGCGCCGAGCUUUAACGAAGCGCUGCUCAGUGCCAAAAAUCGCAUGCUGCAGCUGGAGCAGGAGAGCGAUCUGCUAGAGCAGAGCUUUCUGGGUUAUCUGGAGCGUGCGCGUACCCAGAAACAAAAGGUCCACAUCAGCGCCGGCUGUGCGCUGGAGCAGCAGCAAUUGCAUCGCACGCUCGACAACUUUCGUGAGUGGCAGCUGCGCAUGCGUAGAGAGGAUGCCUCAGCCACAGUUGCAGCAGCAGUUCCAACUCCAACUCAAGGACAACCAGUUGUGAUCUCGCCCAUUUACAGCGGCUCCGAGCUGGACACGGAUAGCUAUCAGUUCACCAAUGCGAUUGCGGUGGCGCGUCACAAACUGCUCUCGGAGUUGCAUGCUACAGCUGAGCCCAGGCCUCCGGCGACAACAGCGGAGAUUGUGAGUAGCAACAACAGAUUGCUCGUCGAUCAAGUGCAGGAUGAAACCCAGGAGCUGUUGAGUCGCGUCGAGGCGACACUGGCGCGUGUCUCGAAGCCGGCGAGCCUGCAACUGCUCACAGCGGAGUCACAAAUGCCGCUAGAGGAUCCACUCGAAGCUCUGAGCAGCAACACGCACUCGUCGCUGGAGCAGAUCGCAGCCAUAACGACGCCGCCAGCAAGUCGCAAGCUACAGCGUUCGAUGGCCAAGAUGCAGCUGCUCUUUGGCGAGCAGCAAACAACGACGACGAACCUCAAGCGUCCAUGGAGUGCGCCCAUCGUUCAGUUGAACCCGACUCAAUUGGCAACGCGACCUCACACAGCGCCCAGCAGCUUAACGGAUGCGCCAGCUGGAGCUGGUGGCGACAAUCUGCUGGGACUGCUCGAUGCACUCAGCGAUGUCGGCAGCAGCACUGGCAACAGCAGCAGCAGCAGCAAUCUAAUCAGCAGCAUGGGUCGCAAGUCUCCGGUUGCGUUUGCCGGCAUCUCUACUGCAUCGCAUGCCAGCUCCAGUGCGGGGACUUUGUCGCCCAGUCAAGAGUUCUGGAAGCGCAUGAAUAUGUGAACAAACUAAGUUGCAAAGUGAUUGAAAUAGUUCGAGUUCAACGUACUCUGCAAAUUAUCUUUAUUCCGGACACCUUGUCGCCCACUCAAGAGUUCUGGCAGCGCAUGAAUAUGUGAACAAACUAAGUUGCAAAGUGAUUGAACUAAUUCAACGUCCAACGUUCAACGUAUUCGUCCCCCACCACACUGUAAAUAAACAACGGCACAUAGACACAUGUAUAUAUGUAUAUAUCUUUAUUAGUUUUCAACUGUGGUACAGCAAAGCCUCUGGAUGGCGAACGAGCAUCAAAUGCAUACAUCUAAUAUAAGUAUACACAUAUAGAAGAAGUACAUCGACAUUUAACAUUUAGAGUGUUUGCUCAACUCCUGCUGUAGCUUCAAUCAAAUUCCCUACGUCUCAGAGAGGAUCUCUCACAUUAUGAUAGCAUAAUUUCAUCUCCAUCUCACCAAUCAUUAACAUCACACUCACACACACAAUUCAAAUCGCAGCAGUUGGAUUAAGUGUGCGGUAAGUUCACAAAUUUUCAUUCAUUUUAAUUAUCAUACACAUCAAUUUUGAAAUACGAAUGUGCGUUCAGGUGGGAAUUCUAUGUGUGUAUAAAUAGUUUUCUUUUGUCUUCUUUUUCCACCCUUGAGUGGAAAUUAUUUUCAUUGAUCCGUAUCACAAAUUAUUUGGCAGGUAUUCCAUAAAUUUUGUAAAAGAUUUUCCUGGUUGGAAAAUGUA